GGUCUUUUUCUACGAUUUAUAUUGAAGAGGGUUCCGAUGUCUGCAUAUCAUUCUCACAGGCUGAAAAAAUUGACACAGAUAGAGAACUCAGAAGAGAAAAUCGUGUACUAUGUAUCCAGUUCAAUGGGUCAAAAGAAAUAGGGUUUAUAUUCAAUUCAAUUUUAAGUGAACCAUUUACCUGUACUACAAACGACUCCUUUGUUUCUGUUUGCAUUGGAAAUAUAACAAAAGAUAAUGAAGGAGUUUACUCAUAUUACCUACUUUCAAUGUUGCUGAAAAACAGAACAUUGACAUUAGCCACCUCUCCGGUUGUACAUCAAAUGAGUCCUAAGUAUAUUGUGGAGGGAACAAAUUUCACGCAGAAAUGCCUUUACGAUGCUGGAAAACCUCCUGAAACCAGACUGCAUUGGACCAAGCAGGGCGACAACAAUUUCAGACAGCAAGGAGAUACAUUGAGACUGACCAAUGUUCAUCGCUUUAGUUCCGGUACUUACAUAUGCACAGCAGAAAAUCAGUUUUCGUCAGAAAACAAAGGACAGAACAGUCAGUCAUUGAUUGUCGAUGUGCAAUAUCCUCCAAAAGUGGUGCCUUUUAUCAAUCGGGAUACCAUAGAAGGAAGGAACCUUACCGUUCAAUGUUCUUUCGCUGCUGGAAAUCCUUCUCAAACCACCGUUUACUGGACUGAUGGCUCUGGAUUUAAACAGAAUGGAAGCUUUUUACAUUUAUCAUGGAUCCAGAGAAACAGAGCUGGUACUUACAUUUGUACAGCAGAAAACACCUUCAGUAUAGGAUCUACAGGAACAAGCAGUCAGUCUGUGAAAAUCAAUGUUCUGUGUAAGUUGUAA